AUGUCAACACCUACGGUCGCUGAUCAUAGGCGAGACUCUCCCGAUUCAUCAACAUCUUCAUUCCAAAGUCCUCGUGUGGCUCGGUUUGCAGAGACAGAAACCAUUCAUUCUCCUGCAUUUGCCGCGGAUCUGGAACGGUCACCUUUCGCAGACCCACCCGAGGACUCCCAAACCCCUCCCAAUGUAUCCGACGUGGGUUUCGGAUACGUCGCUGCAAGCGAUCCUGCCCAUCAUGCCUCGCACCAUGAUCUCCCAACCCCGGGCUUGAGGAGCGCCCUCAAGGUUCCCGGAACUCCAGGGCGCACACUCAACCCGUUGAGUCCAACCUUUCGGGAAGAGUUCUACGUGGAAAAGCAAGAGAAGGUAACAGAGAAGGAGAAUGCCAGAGACCUUCGCAUCAAAUUGCGUGUUCGUGUAGCCAAGGUUUUCCUUCGCUUCAUCAAUUUCGGAUGCAGUCUGAUCGUUUUGACGAUUCUUGGUACUACGCUGACCGUCUUCCAUGCGACCAAGUCAAUCCCUGAGCGAAACACCUUUCCACCGUGGGAGACAGGCACAAAUCCUUGGCCACAGUACCUGCUGCUGGGAGUCUCGUGUCUUUCUCUGCUUGCGUGUCUCGCAGUAUUUUGGGGUUACUGGAAAGGGGGCCACAAGCGCGCGGAGAAGUUUGCAUUCUACUACUCGUCAAUUACAGUUGGCGUUUUCGUCUUCGAUCUGGUGAUGUGGAUCGUAGCCGCUGCCAUUUUUCAGCACUCUAAGUCUAGUGGGAACAACAAAGAUUUGUGGGGUUGGUCUUGUGUUCACAAUGAAAGAGAGCAAUUAUUUCAAGAUCAAAUCGACUACGCACUCCUUUGUCGUUUACAGGACUGGGGAUUGGUGUGUGCCGUGAUCGAAAUCGUCCUGGAAAUACUAGUUCUCCUGGUAUAUGUGAUCGUUGCGUACCGUUUCUGGACCAAAAGGAAACUUGCCAGGUCGAUGGACCGCCGUGAUCGCGCCCGAACAGAUCUGUACAUGGCCCAGCUACGACAGUCCGCACCGAACACUCCUGGGUUUCCCACAACAAAGGCGCCUUUUGUAUCCACUGGCAUUCCCCAUGAUGCCUUUCUGCAGGAUUCUUACUCGGCAGCAGAGAAUGGUGAGGUAUAUGCCACUCAGUUUGCCUAUCAGCCAACCGAGAACAGAACCCAAGCGCCGUUCCAACUCAAGCCGCCACCUAUUCGGGUCCAGCAUGCGACUCCUCAGCCAGUUCAAGAAGAGUUUUGUGCACCCGCUUUAAUUCCAACUAAUUCAAGUCAUCACAUGGGGGCCGCGCCUGGCGAACGUACCUACGAGGGUGUACCCAUUCCCGUUGCAUACAAAAGCCCCAUGAGCCCAGGAUUUCCCCGGGGAUGA